AUGGAUACCCCCGAAAUCAUCAAUCUUGGUGGCGAGCCUGUCACCACGGCUCCCCCUGAGCCUGCCCCCAAGAGCAAGAAGAUUCGUCGCAGCCGCCACGCACCAGAGCCCGACUGGUCGGCCAUGGUACGUCGCAGGGUCAAGUCGAACCAACGUCGUGUAGGCCAGGCCUGUGAUCGUUGCAAGAAGAUGAAGUGCUCACCCGAUCCCGGAGGCUGUGCUUCUUGUCGCAGCCUCAAUAUCCCAUGCAAAGUCACCGACCUUGUCACAGGCGAGACCAUGGCGCGUGGUGAGGCUAGAAAAAUGCGGGAGGACAUCCGACGACUCCAGGAGCAGAAGGCGGAUCUGGAGUGUCAGAUCGUGCAGCUUCAGCAGAAGAACACUGAGCUCCAGGAACGUUUGGAUGGUCCCUAUCGAACUGGUCUUAUGGACCCCUAUGAGCCGGAACUCGACCCUGGACGUCCUCACCUUGAUCUACUGUGA